GCGGAAACGCUCUCUUCUCGAGUUGGCGCUUUAACUACUGACUAUCUACCUCACUGAUUUUGACACUUGGAGUCCAGUGGGAGCCAUGGCGAGAUCUACGAUGAGAUCAGUGAAUUGCUUUUUCUAGCCACUAAAGUUUUAGUGUGAAAUAGUUCUUUCUCUCCUCCUUUGAUUCAACUGUUGAGAGAUUUCUGGAGAUGGCAAUGACUGUGACAUGAAGUUUUAGUUAAUAUAUGUCAAUUUUAAGGAAUCUGAUUGUGUUUGAGAUUUUAAGAUGAGAAACCUGAAGAUGAGGCCUGUGAAGAAGGAGCCUAUUGUGAUUGACUUAGACAGUGAUGACGAUGAAGAUGUUCUUUGUGGUGAAAUGAAUGACUGUAUGAUGGAUAUUGAUGUUUCAUCAGAGUCUGAAGAAGCUAAUCCCUCCAACAUGCAAAUGACCUUUUCUUCUGCCGCUGGUGCUAGUGAUGAUGAUGAUUGCGACAACAAAAUUGAUGAUCAGUAUCUGAAGUUGUUUGAUAGUCUCAUGGACGAUGGAAACUCAUAUCUGAUAGAUAAUCCACUGAGGUGUAUCAGGUAUGAAGUAGAUAACGGAGGAUACGACAAACGCGAGUUUAAAGAUAAGCACAAGAGCAGAGAAGAUCAGAACACUGGUGGUCGUGCCACCAAGAAGAAUGUUGUUGUGUCAAGGACUCCUAAUCGUGUCCAAGCAAGUGAAAAGAAGACAAAGGAGUUUGUGUUGAAGAGAAGAGAGAGUCCUGUGAAUGAUAAGAGUGUUGACGCAACAAGUCAUGCGAGGAGAAGCUCGCAGCACAAUGUUGAAGCUCGCGAGAAGGAGAUUAGGGAAGCAGAGAUGGUACCUGAUCAGCAUUACAGAUCUUAUCUGACAUCGUUAGUGGAGAAGCGGAAGAGCUCAAGUAGUAAUCCUGAGAAGGAGGUACGAGUGAAGUGUGAGGAAGAUGUAAUGUCACUGUCUGAUUCCGACAGUAUUGAGGUUGGUGAUCGUCCGUUUGUUGAUGAAGAAGAUUCUCCGUUUGUGCCGUCAAAAAGUUAUAAAGUGGUUGAUUUGGAGGAAGAGAGCGAUGAUGAGGGUGACCAAUGCAAUUCUUGGUUUAGGAAGGAGAUUAUGAAUGUUCUCAAACAACCAUACAGUGAAAAUGAGUUCAAAGAGCUUGAGCAUGAAGCAUCGCUGUGUAGAUGGUUGAUCAAAUCCAAGGAACUGUUAGAUGGAAGGGAUUUUACUUACACAACGAAUCAAAAGAAACCUUCAUAUCUUGAUCAGUAUCCAGAGUUCAAAAGGAUGUUCGAGAAAGCUUUAUAUGGAGAGAAUCGCCAUAGAGCUCUGAACCUGUUGCGUGGCUUCAUCUUUUAUUUAACGAAAGUUGCUCGCCAUGAUGCAUUCAAACCAUGGCUCGACCAUGAAUGUUCGAAGAUCACAUGUUACUGACAAAGACAAGAGUACCAGCUCUUCAACUGCAUAAAACCGACUCCACUUCCAGUUCCAUGCGAGACAUGCGAGACCCUUGUUUUAAAUGUCAUAAUCUCGAUUAGGCUUUGCUUUUAUUGUGUAAAAUUAACUUGAAUCAUUGUGAAGUAGUAGUAGUAGUACUAGUUCAUAUCUCAAGUUUCUGUACUCUCCCCCUGUUUAUUGGAUGCAACUUCGACUUCAGAUA